AUGAAAGGGCCGCCCAGCAGCGAGAAAGACAUCUUCACCAUGACUGACCUUCCCUCCGUUGCGGCGAUCCCUUCUCUACCCCAGGAAACCCAGCUCCGGGUCCUCGAUACGCUCUUCGAGCCAUCGCCGGAGCUCCACCAGCUAAUGAUCCCCGUCUUGGCCCAGGCGUUUCCUUCCUACUCGGGGCUGAUUGAUGCAGUGGGGGCUCGCAUGUCUGCGCUAGCGGAUUCCCCGACAGACCGAAACGUGCUUUUUGGCAUUCUCGGCUCGCACCCGCGGCUUGGCCGGGCCCCUGCCAACCCGGAGCAUUUGAGCGAGCUGAGCAAGAAGGAGCAGGCUCAGUUGAAUACCGGGGCGGAGGAGCAGGCGGAAAAAUUAAGCGCCUUGAAUGCGGAAUACGAGCAGAGGUUCCCUGGCUUGCGCUUUGUGUAUGUUGGAAUGCGACCUGCGUGGACAUCGGCUGACCUUCCCUAG